UCCGCCUCUGGUACAGACAUCCUCGUUUGUUGUCUCGCGCUCGGCGGGCUAGUUUAUCUGAGGUCACAUGAACUCGGUGCCUCGAGUGCUGAUGUUGCUUCAUCAUCAUCAUCAUGCAACAUGUUGACUUUGGAAGCUUAUAGACUUCAAAAUGUUAUUAGUCAAUGACGCCAAAAGAAAAUAUUGAUUAGCAUUAAUGACUCCAACAAGCUCAUUUAAAAUUCAAGUUUAGAUUCUUAAAGGAUAAAAGUCUUUGUCUCUUAAAUGCGACUUCCUGUUGACAGCCACUCCCCCUGGAAAUGUAAAUAUGGGAUGGGCAAGCAAGGGGCGGGGCUUAUUACUGGACAUUGUGUGUCAACCAAUCAUCACGCAGGAUGGCAGAUGACAAGGUGCUUUUUGUCCCACAGGUGGAGCCCUCCUGCGUCGAGGACUUGGAGGCAGCCGAGGCGCUCGUCAGCAUGAGCUUCUGGGGUCAGAGGUCGCCUGAGCCCCGCCCACUGACGCCCACUUCUGACUCAUGUGACUCAAUGGCGCUGCCCUCAGAGGGCGGGGACUCAUCCAAGGACCUGGUGGCGCUGUCCUCACUGUGCAUGACGCCUCCUCAAAGUCCAAGCUUUGCCGAGGCUGGCGCCGCCCUCAACGCCUCCAAAGACUCCUCAACGCUUCCACAUGAGGCGGUGGUGGCCGGCAGAGCGAUGGCGACCAGUGUCAUCCGUCACACUGCUGACAGCCUCAGUGCUCAGAGACCGCCGCCCCCUGCUGCUACCCCACCCACACAAAGUCCCGUUCUGCUUCCAGACAGCAAGCAGGAGAAGCAAGCACCACCUCCUCUUCCCACUUUAGCGUCUUCCUCGCCGCCCCCUCCGGCCUCGUCGCUCCUGUGCCAGGUCUUCCCACUCAGAGGGCAGCCGGGAAUGAUCUCGGCCCUGGUUCCGGGUGGCGCCCAGUCCCUCCUGUCUCAGCCUUUGCUGGUGGGCUCGGCCGUGCCGCCGGGCGCGGUCAUGUUGGUGGUGCCGCCCGUGUCUCAGCCACUGACAGGCCCACAGACUGUCAUGACACUGGGUAACACUAAGCUCCUCCCCCUGGCCCCCGCCCCCGUCUAUGUUCCCUCAGGCGGCAGCGGAGCCGCCUCGCUGGAUUUCUCUCGCAGACGGAACUACGUGUGCGACUUUCCGGGAUGCAAGAAGACAUACUUCAAGAGCUCGCACCUCAAGGCUCACCUGCGCACGCACACAGGUGAGAAGCCGUUCAGCUGUCGCUGGGAAGGCUGCGACAAGAAGUUUGCUCGCUCUGACGAACUGUCCCGCCACCGUAGGACGCACACGGGCGAGAAGAAGUUUGUUUGCAGUGUGUGCGAGCGCCGCUUCAUGCGCAGCGACCACCUGACCAAACACACGCGCAGACACACCAGCGCCAAGAGGGCGUCCUCAUGGCCCACCGAGGUCAACAAAAGUCAAAACCGAUGUUCCGCCCUUCCCACAAAAAACUAAGAGGGCGGGGCAUGAAACCACUGGACAUGCUUUCAAUCAGCCCCGCCUCUUUUUUAUUCCAACUUGAGCGUUUACUUCCAAAGUCAACUUAUCACCUUUUAGCUCAGAUGGGCUAACGUUAGCAUCAUCGCACACUCCCUUUUCUACUGUCUCAGCUGAUGUUAACAGUAGAUUUGUUUACUUGGUUAGCUAGCUAACGAAGGACAAAUGAACACGCUACUAUGUUUAUCAAGUUUGUAUGCUACUGUUAGCAUGUAGGAUGGCUCAUUGAGGUCAUGUAGACAACAAAAACACAACAAGCAGUUUUCUCACCUCGCUCAGGAUUUUUACAACAGCAACUUGUUGGACAACAACAAGAUGGCUGCUAUUUAUUCACGGACACAAGCAAACAAUAAACGUGACAUUGCACUACAUUUUUGUAAGAUCAUGUAUGUAUACAUCCAGUAUAUGUACGCUCAUGUUUACUUAAUGUGUAAAUGUUUCCAUCUUUGAUUUUUGUGCCAAAGCCUGAGUGUUAUUCUAGCUAGUUAGCAAUGUACAUACAUGAUCUAUAUGAAUGUUUAUUGUCUUACUGCAUCUAUUAACGACUUAUUGAUAUUCUCACUGUGAUACUACCUACUAUUGUUAUUAUUGUCAUUAUUUUUGCUGUUUAUUAUUUGUUGAUUUCGUGGAACCAGGAAGAAAAUACCUCAUGUUAUUCUGAAAUAUAAGUACAUGUCUGUAAGUGAUGAAGAAUAUGGCUUGUUAUAAUAAA